AUCGCAGCCUUAUCCAAGCUAUACUAUGCUCGCUGCCGGAAAUGCCCAGUAGCUGUCAACUAUCACUUCGAUGCAAAAGACCGCUCGAAAUACAAAGUGGAGGACUACCGGCCUGGAUAUCCCCGUUUCACAGCAUUACUAGCUGCGCACCCAGCCUUCUAAAACUUUCGUCGGUUUGCCAGAAUGCGCAUGCGCCUCCUCCUUCUCAAACAAGACGAGAUCAGCAUUCUCGAAGAGUCAUUGGACAAAAUUGAUGCCGCUGAAAGUCGCGAUUUUUUUCUUGGUUGUGGCCGCAAGGACCGGAAUCCUGAUAGACAGGAGGUGCUGCAAAAGUUGGGAACCGCCCUCGGAGAGUAUGACUUGAUGAUGGAGCAAAGCCGCCGCAUAUUAUCCUUUCCACAAGCCACCAGCCGCGACAUGGUCAGCUUGAAAAAUUGGAUUGAAGGCGUUGGUAGCAUAUCAUCUUACGAGACGGCAUAUUUGGGUCACUCGGCAGAUCAAGUGAACAUCACUGGCUCAGCAGACGAUGCUGUCACAAGUAUUGAGGCAACAGUGGAGGCAUGUCUUCUGGGGAUUACCUAUUUUCCACGACAGAACCUUUCCAAUCUUCUCCCUCGGUACAAAUCGCCUAUAACGAAGGAUAGGAACAUGUUUAUCCUCGGCCCCGGAUUCCGAAUGUUUAGCAGAGUUCUGACGACCUGGGUAGCCGCUAUCAUCUUACUGGUACCCGUGAUCAUCCUUUACUUGGUCGCCAGCCCAAGAGCCCGACUUGUAGUUAUUGCACUUACCACUGGCUUCUUUCUUUCCCUUGUAUCUGUAUACACAAAAGCACGAACAAUCGAGGUCAUAGUGGCUGGAGCAAGCUACGCAGCAGUCUUGGUCGUCUUCAAAUCUAGUAACAACGGUAUGAAGGGAAACUUAACACCGGACUGAGCAUUGAAUAAUCAAUAUGAGUAAUUCUACCCUUAGCUAUUUUAACAGGUUUAAUGGUGUAAGAGGUUGAUAUUAUUGUGUUCACAU